AUGGGGGACGAGGAGGAGAAGACGCAGACCCCUGCCCCUGCGGAGCCGGCGAUCGUGCCCGCCCCCGAGGGCGCGGUGGAGAUGAAGGUGACCACGAAGAAGAGCCCCGGUUUCUACAUCCGUGCCGUGGCCAGCUUCCUCAAGGGCGUCGAGGAGCGCCCAGCCACGGACGGCAAGGAGAAGCAGGAGGCCAAGGCCGCUGUCGAAUACCUCCGCGUCUCGGGCCUCGGUGACGCCAUCACCACGGCGUCGCUCGCGGCGUCGCAGGCGAUGGCCGAGGGCCUGUGCGAGGUCCUGAAGGUGCAGACGGCGUACCCGUCGAUGGAGGGCUCGGGGCGCGGCUGCGCGCAGAUCGUCAUCGACCUCAAGACGACGAAGAAGUGA